CGAACGAGGACACUUUCUAAAAUGGCGGACAACACGAUGGAAGACGAAAAUUCGUCUGCUUCAGUUGAUGCGCAAAAACUUCCACAGCUCGUUUGUGUUGAAUUUCCAGCCAGAGUGCAGAAUGUAGAUAAGAUGUUCAAGACCCUUGGUGGAGAGGAAGCAGUCUCAAAGACACUCAGUGCCAACUCAGCACCGAAGCUACAGAUGAAGUUCAGACCAGACGACCCUUUCUGUCGCCCCCUCUAUGCCAGCCAACAGCCAACCACCAGCAUCCUUCUCAGGGUCAAAAAGAGAUACAAGAAAGCAGCUCCCACUGCUGAGAUGGAGGUUGACAGUCAGGACGCUGGUGAUGGAGAUGAUGAGGUCAUAGAAGCUGCACAGGAGGAGGCAGAGUACAAGACUGAACUCGUUGGAGUCAUUGACUCAGUUUAUCAAUUUAAGGGAAUGUGUGAUUACCAGUAUCUGCCACUGCAUCGGAACAAGGAGACAGGCGGCAUGGAGUCACUGAUUGAGAAGAUCGUGCCUACCAAACCCGAGGAUGGCAGCUAUCUCCAGCAAGACGUGCCCCUCUUCAUGCUGCCUCCUGUCUUCUCGCGCACCGACCAGCCCUUAGCUUUCCACUUCCAGCCUGAUAUAGUACCCUCCAUCGAGAGCUUGUCAUACAAGGUAGCUAACAGGACUGACAAGAAUAUCGUGGGCAGCGGGCGAGCUCGACGGCCACACAACGCUUACAUGGUGCCCUUUGAGCAGGAUGGCGUCCCCACAGCUCCCCAUCCUGAUGCCGUGCUUUACUUCGAGAAAGGCAAGGCCAGAGACAACAGCAUAGAGGUGCUACAGGACGAACUGAUGCAGGUUUUUGCUCGGCGGCCUGUCUGGUCCCGCAGUGCCCUGAGGCAGAACUGCACCCUGACUGAUCGUCAGCUGACCGUCCUCCUGCCCUCUGUCUCCUACUACUUCUGCUCCGGACCGUGGCGGUGCACCUGGGUUCGUCUGGGUUACGACCCACGCACCGCGCCCGACGGAUUGCAGUAUCAGCCCUUGGACUUCAGGGUGCGCAGAUUUUUGUACAGCAGCAAAUCAGUAAUGCCCGUCGAUAAAACACAACGCUUCAAGAGCACCUGCUACAGCCGGUUUAGAACCGCCAGACCCGCAAGGCACAGCCAGUUCAGGCAAGAACAGAAAACAAUGGCCGAGAAGGAAGCCUACUUCAUUUUCAAGGAAGGUCUGGUCCCGGCCUACAAUAACAUGUUUUACCAGCUGUGUGAUAUCCACGUUGAGGAGAUCCAGGCCAUGAUUCGGGCGGGUAGUGUCAAAACGGAUCAGGGGGGACCCGUCGGGUACUUCAAGACGGAAGUCCUGGAUCAGAUGAGGUCUAUCCUGACUGAGAAGUUGCAGAAGACGUUGGAGCAGGAGGCACUCACAGAAGAUGGCACGGCUGAGGAAGAUGGAGAUGAUUCCUCCAGGCCGUCGACAUCUCAGGCAGGAGGUGUUGACAUGGAGGAUGCGGACAUGGAUGAGGAGUAUGUUGAAGAUGAUGAUGAUGAUGAUGACAUCGAAGACGGUCCCGAGGAAGCAGAUGACAAUGACGCCCUUGCCGUUGAUGGCUUCAACAUGGACGAGGACGAUGACAGUGAUGACAACGAGAUGGGCACAGAGUUUUUGGAGUUCCUUGCUGGAACGUCUUGAGGAAGCACAAGACAUGGACUCUGUCCAGUUGCAGGAUAUCAGGCUGUGCCACAGUGCUGGACAUUGUGUGCUUGCCCGGGUCAGUGCGUGUAUGGAGCGAAAUACACAAGGCAUUUUUAUCCCCUUGGCUUUGAAGCCAGACAGGGGGAUAUUGCGAUUCGCGUAUUCGUUCUGUGUGUUCGUGUGUGUGCGUGCAGUACUUACUGCAGAAUUGAGCCAGCCAGCUUUGGUUAGGUUCUCUGUAAGCUCAGUCAUCAAUCUCAACCAAACUUGACAUGUGGUUAUUGCUCAUGGUGUCUGGUAAAGUGAUUAGACUCAGGCAACAUGUCAUGGCCUCCACAGACCUCUGUCCUAGGUAGCCAAAGAUUUAUGUCACUUUGUUUCUCUAGUUUCGUGAAAGAACUUUCACUAAGCCUACCUUCAGAGGCACACACGAGUGACACAACACUGCCCGACUAAACAGCUGCCCACCCAUUUCUUUGCUAUACAAAAAUCCCUGUUGCUAAUUAUGACACAUUCCAUUUGGGUUAGGUCCACUGAAAAAAUGUUGUUACUAACUGCCUGUCAUGCCUGUUCAUGUAUGCAAACUGCCAGUGUGCAAGGGGGAUCACGCAAGUUUUACUUGCAGUAUUUAUUUUUACAUCUGGAUGUGCAUGAACUGGUGGGAUCUGAUUACAUGGAGUCUGUGGUGCUGACGAGGAAGUUGGAGAAUUGGAAAGAAGCCUAGAGAGUUUGCAAGACAAGUAAGAUUGCAAGGUGUUCAUCUUCAAACGUAAACGAUUGACAAGACAAUGGAAACGUUUAAGGAUACCAUAUGAGGAUGUAUGUGACAAUUAUGAGGAUGCCAGAAACUGAAAUGCAGGUACAUUAAUUAGAGUGCAUAGUGCCGACGAGGAAGUUGGCGAAGAAUUGGAGAGCAGCCUAGAGAUGACAGGAAAAGUACGAUUGUAAUGUGUUCAUCUUCAAAUGUAAAUGAUUGACAAGACAAAGGAAUCGUGAGGAUAUCAGUCGAGAAUGUAUGCGACAAUGGACCGAUCCAGUAAGCCCCGCCCACUGCGCACUGGGCAAAUUAGCACAUGCUCCUCUCAAAUGCCACGCUGCAUUUUCCUGCCGCGCGCUUCAUACGUGCGUGCACGCAUGUCGGACUUUUGUACACGCACGUCGGACAUAAAUCACGGCUGUGAUUGGUCAGAACACCAUGGGGCGGUGCUUACUGGAUCGGUCCAUAGCAAGGACGCCAGAAACUGAAAUGCAGGUACAUUUAUUAGAGUCCAUAGUACCGACGAGGAAUUUGGCCCAAAAUUUGAAAGAUGGCAGGACAAGUAAGACUGUAUAAAGUGUUCAUCUUCAAAUGUAAAUGAUUGACAAGACAAAGGAAUCAUGAGGAUGUCAUUCGAGGAUGUUUGCGACAAUUGCGAGGACGCCAGAAACUGAAAUGCAGGUAUCUUAAUUCAUCUUCCAAGGAUAGGACAGAAAGAACGUAUGAGGAACCUUGCAGAAAUAAUAACUCUACACAACCAAGUUUGUUUUAUACUAGAAACACCAGCAGCUGAAAGUGUGACCUUGGUAUGGCAGUACUUGAUCUCAAGUCGUCUAGCGUCAGUAUUUUGUAUUAUCUUGAAGGGUCCAUGAGAUGAUUUUUCUACUUUCUACUACCCCUUAAUGUAUGAAAACUAUUUGACAUUUCUCUUGUAUUGAAAAAUGCACUUCUUUGAAGCAAUUUAAAUAAAUUUCCGUAAUUAUUCGGACAACUGACAGAUUGUUACUGUGAUGUCAUUUCAGGAA